AUGCAGUACGUGUAUUUGAAGCGUACAGCCCUGCAGUACAUGUAUUUGAAACGUACAGCCCUGCAGUACGUGUAUUUGAAGCGUACAGCCCUGCAGUACGUGUAUUUGAAGCGUACAGCCCUGCACUAUGGCCAUUUCCGUGAUUUGGCCACCAUCUUGGAUUUUUCCAAUUUCUCAGGGGUGCCCGUGUGGCACCCGUGGAUUAUCGAUGUGGACCCCCUACUGACUCAGAAUCUGCAGUUAAAACAACUAUGCACCCAAUGUACUCUAACUGGAAACAAUAAACAGCUUAGUGGGGGGAGAUCUGAAGACAGUAAACAGCUGAGUGGGGGAGAUCAGCACGCGGAAUGGGUCGCAGUCGCAGAAGAUGACUUGCCGGAUUUUACAUCUGUGCCUCGGAUUGAUCUUAAUCAAGGGAGUUACGUGUCUAAUGACCACGUGUCUAAUGACCGCGUGUCUUCUGACCGCCCGUCUAAUGACCGCGUGUCUAAUGACCGCGUGUCUUCUGACCGCCCGUCUAAUGACCGCGUGUCUAAUAACCACGUGUCUUAUGACCGCGUGUCUAAUGACCGCGUGUCUAAUUACCACGUGUCUUAUGACCACGUGUCUUAUGACCGCGUGUCUAAUGACCGCCUGUCUUAUGACCGCGUGUCUAAUGACCGCGUGUCUAAUGACCACGUGUCUAAUGACCGCAUGUCUAAUUACCACGUGUCUUAUGACCGCGUGUCUUCUGACCGCCCGUCUAAUGACCGUGUGUCUUCUGACCGCGUGUCUAAUGACCGCGUGUCUUCUGACCGCGUGUCUAAUGGCCGCGUGUCUUCUGACCGCCCGUCUAAUGACCGUGUGUCUAAUGACCGCGUGUCUAAUUACCACGUGUCUAAUGACCGCGUGUCUUCUGACCGCCCGUCUAAUGACCGCGUGUCUUCUGACCGCGUGUCUAAUGACCGCAUGUCUCCUGACCGCGUGUCUAAUGGCCGCGUGUCUUCUGACCGCCCGUCUAAUGACCGCGUGUCUUCUGACCGCGUGUCUAAUGACCGCUUGUCUAAUGUCUAA